AUUGGGCGUACGAGGCCAUUUUGGAGGUUGGCAAGAGGUAUGGCACGAACCACGGGAUUCGGUUCCCCAGGAUGCUUAGCUGGACGAGCAAAGGCGAUAUUGGGAAGAAAGACGUCAGCGCAUUAUUUUCUAGACGGAAUCUGGAAGUGGUGAAGGGGCUCCUUCCACGGACAGAGGAGGAGGCAUUUGUGAGGACAAUUUCUUACGAUGGUGUGGAGAACCUGGUUGAUGAUGCUGUGGAUGACACAGAGGCUGAGGCAGGUAGUCAGGUACCAGAGACUCAGGUCCCAGACACUCAGGAAAGAGACACUCAGGCCACUGGUUCAGAACCUCAGCCCAGUGCACCAUCUUCAUCAGGCGUUCGGGGUGCCGAGUACACUGAUUUAGUGGCUCGGUUGGAUAGGAUCGAGGGUGACACUCAGGGUCUGUAUGCUGCUCAUGUCGAGCUGAAGAAGGCAUACGAGACCAGCCAUGUAGAGCUGAAGGGUGGUCAGAACGUAAUUAUGGAGCAGCUCAGAGACAUAUUGGCCAUGUUGAAUCGUCCGCCAACGACAGCUUCAGCACCGGAGGCCCCAGGCGGAUCCAUCUACCCCACCACCACCGCUUCACCCCCGGUAGAAGAGGAUGAGGUCUUCCCCGACGAUUACGAUCCUUAUGAGGGAGCUCCAGCGACUCCGAUCGAGGCACAACCUCUUAUCCAUGUACAUGACACCGAGUCGCGGGGGUGA